AAAAGACUUCCAGUCGCGAAAUAUCUAUCCCUUGGCCACAAAUUCCGGAACAUUUCGUUUCCAAAUUGCAGAAACAUGUUUUUAAGAGAUGUUAUUGAAGUUUUAGAAAAAUUCGCCCCCUUAAGCUUGGCGGCCCAGUGGGAUAAUGUGGGACUCUUGGUUGAGCCCGACAACACUUCAGCUGAUUUCAUUAAAAAGAUCAUGCUAACCAACGAUCUGACAUUAAAUGUUAUGAAGGAAUGCAUAGAUAAGGAGAUCAACCUAAUUAUUUCUUACCACCCACCUAUUUUCAAGCCAGUUACCAGAUUAUUACAAUCGUCAUGGAAGGAAAGUGUAAUAAUGUCGUGUGUGAAGUACGGGAUUGCUCUGUACUCGCCACACACCUGCUGGGACGUGGUGGAAAAUGGCGUCAACGAUUGGCUACUGACUCCAUUUAAGGGCAAGAAACAGUGUCUGAAAGCAAGAGAAAGAAAGGUGUACAGAUUCACUGUUGAACUACCUGAGACAAAACUGUCAGAUGAUGCUCUAGAAUCAGGAGUUCUAUCUGAUAUCUGGGAGAUAUAUGGGCCAAUUUCUCAUAUAAAACUCCCAAAUGAUAAGAAGGCUUUCACAUUUGUCUGUGAUGAAGUUGACUUGAAUGACGCCAAAGCUAAGCUAAAGGGAUUGGCCGUCAAUUUUCAUUCAACAUUCACAGAUGUUACAGAGAUUACCAAUGAAAGGCUAGGUGAAGGUCGUUUGAUGAUUUUAGAUCAACCAAUCAGGAUCAAUGAGGCCAUUGACAUCAUCAAGAAACAUCUCAAACUGGAUCACGUGUUGUUGGCCUCGUCUCAUCAUCUUCAGAAGAAAAAUUUCAAUGAUGGCUACCAGCUGAUAUCAAGCAUAGCAGUUUGCGCUGGGUCGGGAUCUAGCGUUCUGAAAGGUGCGAAGGCAAACUUGUACAUCACUGGAGAGAUGGGCCAUCACGAACUUCUUGACGUCACCAACAACACGUGCGCGCCUUCUUCCGUCAUUUUAUGUAACCAUAGCAACACGGAACGCGGGUUUUUGAGUGAUUUCAUGUUGGGCUAUUUGAAAGGGGAGUUAAAAGACAAGGUUGAGAUUCUGGUAUCUGAAUGUGAUGUCGAUCCACUGGUUGUUGUUUGAGUUGAUGAUGGGUGAAGGUGGUCUUGUUUUGGUGGUUUUUUGCGGUUGGUUUUUAGGGCGGUUUGGUUUUGGAAGGUUUUUUAAAGUUGGUUUUGUUUGGGGUGAUUUAGUUUAGUUCAUUUUGUAAUGAAAGUGAUUGUUUUUUUUUCAAAAUUUUGAAAUAGUAAAUUUUUUUCGUAGUUAUGUCUUAUAUUUUUGAGUGAUUCUUUUUGAAAUUAUUGAAAAAAUAAUAUAUAAA